CCGCUGUCCGUCUCAUCUCGCUUCUCUGCCGCAGCUUGAAGGUACAACGGAACCACGAACGCUCUCGAUUCUGCACUGAUUUCGCGUUACAAACUCCACCACUUCUGUAACCGCAACCUCUAAAUCUGAUAGGUAGCGGUGUUGUUCAACGGAGAGAGCCGUUAUCGAGCAAAGGCUGACCGGUGAGAGACGAAAAGGAGGCGUCUGCGCACAUCGAGAGCCGUUAGCGGACUGGGCUAGCAGCAUCUCUCGACGCACCUCGCCCGCUAGACAUCGGGCUUAUAAAACGCUUGCUUUAUUCAUUCACAACUGCAUCAUAUACAUUGAUAGACACAGGUGAAUCUCAGCGAGGCUGUGCGGCUCUUGCUUGCUCUGCAGGCCAGGGUGUGGGUGCGGAGAAUGCUGAAGGAUGAAUCAGAGAGACACCCUGGUUCAUCUCUUUGCUGGAGGCUGUGGGGGCACUGUGGGUGCUAUACUGACCUGUCCAUUGGAGGUGGUAAAGACAAGGUUGCAGUCUUCCUCCGUGACUCUGUACAUCUCUGAAGUUCAGCUGAGCACUGUGAAUGGGGCCAGCGUGGCCCGUAUGGACCCACCGGGGCCUCUGCACUGUCUCAAGUUAAUACUGGAGAAAGAAGGUCCUCGCUCACUCUUUAGGGGGCUGGGGCCCAACUUGGUGGGAGUGGCUCCGUCCAGAGCAAUAUAUUUUGCUGCCUACUCCACAGCCAAAGAGAAGCUGAAUAAUGUGUUUGUUCCUGAUUCCACACAGGUGCACAUGCUAUCCGCUGGUUUAGCAGGGUUCACUGCCAUUACAGCGACUAACCCGAUCUGGCUUAUAAAGACACGCUUGCAGCUUGAUGCCAGGAACCGUGGAGAAAAAGGCAUGAGCGCAUUUGAGUGUGUCCGACGGGUCUAUCAGUCAGAUGGGUUACGGGGAUUCUACAGGGGCAUGUCUGCUUCCUAUGCUGGCAUUUCAGAGACUGUCAUCCAUUUUGUCAUCUAUGAAAGCAUUAAACGCAAACUUAUAGAGUCCAAGGCCAAUGCUAACAUGGAUGAUGAAGAUGAAUCUGUAAAAGACGCUUCGGACUUUGUGGGAAUGAUGCUGGCCGCUGCUACAUCCAAGACAUGUGCCACAUCAAUUGCCUAUCCUCAUGAGGUUAUUCGCACCAGACUACGCGAGGAGGGCAGCAAGUAUCGUUCGUUCUUCCAAACUCUAAACACGGUGGUCCGUGAGGAGGGUUACAGAGCGCUGUACCGAGGCCUCACCACUCAUCUGGUCCGACAGAUCCCCAACACUGCUAUUAUGAUGUGCACCUAUGAGCUGGUAGUCUACCUGCUCAAUGGUUAACUUCUGGAGGGAAAGCGAGAGAGGGAGAGAGAGAAAAAAUGAACAGGGCGGGAAAGAGAAAGCUAGAGCAAGACAGGAAAAGAGAGAAAGAUUGUCCCAGGCUUAGACCAAAGGAAGUAGAACACAUUUAUAAACACAUUGUUAUCCCGGACCCCUAGAGGGGGCUGUAGUCUCGUAAAGAAAGUCAACAGAAUGGAUUUCAAGCCUGUCAGACUGGAAAGCAUUUCACAAAGUAAGACUGAGGGUAAACAGACACGCUAAAGCAAUCUGUUUGUUUGUUUCUCUAGAAAUGUCACGAAAGUCUGUUCUGAAAGGACAAUCAAAGAGGAGAAUGCUUGAAAAUAAAAGAAACCACCGAAUCUGCCGAAUUCCUUGAGUCUUGGAUUGCAGUUCUUGGAUGUUUCACAGUCAUUUCAUUUCAAAAAUAAUUUUGAACGGAGCCAGAGCUUUAUAAAACUGAUUUCCCCUACUUUAUAAAAAAUGUCCGAUAUGACUCAAGGAAGGAAAAAAACACAAUAAAUGUGUUUCUCCAAAGUUUUCUGUAUUUCACACAUUGUUAGUUCAAGCAUUCUCCUCUAGAGGUCACUUUCCACUCUUUCCAGGCAGAUGGUGUCUGCGCACAAACGUUCAUUUGCUGUCAUUCAAUCGUGGUCACGUGAUCCGUGGCCCCUCAUGUGCUUCAAACUGAAGUGUUUCUUGUUGGGUUCAUAUUAAGUUUAACCUUACUUAUUUUGUGUGUGCGUGUGUGUGUGUUAAUUUGAUUGUCAUAUUGUUGUCCUAAUAUCAGUAUAUAUUUUUAAUUGGGAGGUAUUGUCCUGCUUGCGUCACUGGGCCUCUUUACUGAGAUGGAGCGUUCUCAAAUGAUCACUGCUGGGUGUUAGAUAUGAAUUUCAACAAUGGGCUUUGUCUUGAGUUCUGUUACAUUCCGUUCGGAGUGGCUAACGCUAACCCUGAGCGUGUUGUUGUAACAACCACCAAUAAACAACAUGCCACAUUGUGACAUCCAAAUUUGUUGUAAGGUAACAGUCAUUUAGAAUAAGUGCACCCCCACCCCACCAACCCCCUUAUUGUGGAGAUACAAGCAAAA